UGCAACAGGUACCCCGAAGAUAAAUGAUUGCAUAAUUUCCAAAAUACGGCAUAGUGCUUGGAAUAACUAGAAUAGAGCGCUGGUGGUGUUCAAAUUGCAUAACGUGAAACGCAUUGUUUGCAAAAGAAGCAAUAUUUAGAACAACCGUCUUACUUUGGUUAUUGGAAAAGUGAACAGAAGAUUGAAAGAUGGUUGCUCGACAGAACUGGAGUAAGAAUGUAGAAUUUUUGCUGGCUGCCAUUGGGUAUUGUGUAGGCCUGGGAAAUGUGUGGAGAUUUCCAUACCUCUGUUACAGCAGUGGAGGGGGGGCAUUCUUAAUUCCAUUUUUCCUUAUGCUGAUCCUAUGUGCCAUUCCUCUGCUUUACAUGGAGUUGGCUGUUGGACAAUACACACAGAAUGGGCCAGUAGGGGCCUUAGCCAAGAUCUGUCCACUAUUUAAAGGCAAACGUGCUGGAUUGGCCACUGUGGUGAUUUCAUUCCUCUUUACCACCUACUACAAUGUUAUCAUUGCCUGGGCCUUCUACUAUCUAUUCAACUGUUUCCAGGCAGUGCUGCCAUGGGUUGGAUGUAACCAUGACUGGAAUUCCCCCAACUGUUGGGAUGGCACCACCCAGCAGAAUUUCACCAAUGGAACCACCAAUUCCUCCUAUGUGGCAGCAUCCGUUAAACCAAAUGGAAGUAUUUCCCCCACAGAAGAUUUCUAUCAAACCUAUGUACUAGAAAAGACAAAAGGCAUUGAAGAGGUUGGAACCAUUAAAUGGGAGCUUGCCUUAAUCCUGCUCUUGUGUUGGGUGGUUGUAUAUUUCUGUAUAUGGAAAGGUCCUAAAUCAACUGGAAAGGUUGUGUAUUUCACUGCUACAUUUCCCUACUUAGUCCUUGUCACAUUAUUGGUAAGGGGAGUAACUCUGCCAGGAUCUUUAAAUGGGAUUAUGUUCUUCAUCAAACCAAAAUGGGAGCUCCUUCUGGACCCGAAGGUUUGGGUGAAUGCAGCAGCCCAGAACUUCAAUUCAAUAGGCAUAGCUUUCGGUGGCAUCAUUACAAUGUCCAGUUAUAACAAAUUCCACAAUAGAAUCAUAAAGGAUGUGCUGGUUAUCGCUGUGGUUGACGCUAUCACCUGUCUCCUAGCCGGAUUCGCUAUCUUCUCCAUUCUCGGAUAUCUGGCUGAGAACCAGGGUAAAUCUGUGGAUGAUGUUAUACAACAAGGUCCCGGUCUAGUUUUUGUUAUUUACCCAGAAGCUUUUACAACUAUGCCCGUGCCUCAGCUCUUUGCAGCAGUAUUCUUUAUCAUGUUGAUUACACUAGGAGUUGAUAGCCAAUUUGCAUCAACAGAAGUGAUAGUGACAACAAUAAAUGACCAUUUUCAUCAUCAAGUCAAGAAGUACCUGAAAAGAAAAGAGGUGUUAGUGGCUAUAGUCUGUGGUUUUUCUUUUCUCUGUGGGUUGCCAAAUGUUACUCAGGGAGGAUAUUACUUUUUUUCACUGAUUGAUCAUUAUGCAGCAGCUGUGUCACUCAUGUAUCUGGCAUUUUUCGAAGUCAUUGCAAUCACCUGGUUCUAUGGUGCUCGCCGCUUGGGUAGAAAUGUCAGGGAAAUGAAUGGCAGCCCACCUAAUGUUUUCUUCAUUGUAUGUUGGUACUUUAUCUCGCCAGUGUUCAUUUUUGGUAUAUGGUUGUUCAGCAUGAUUAGCUACCGUCCAUUUCAGCUGGAUGAUUAUCAGUACCCCAUCUGGGCAACAGUACUUGGGUGGUUUAUAGCAGCCUUGUCUGUGCUCUGUGUUCCCAUAGGAAUGAUUCACUCUAUCUAUCAGGCCAAGGGAAACAACUUGUGGCAGAAAUUGAGAAACUCCAUUGUGUCACCAUUAGAAGAACAUACAGAUGCCUCAUAUCCGAGUCUGAGUAAUGGAGACAUGGUUCUUCAUGUCAAUGCAGAGAAAAAGGAACCUCUUCAACCAUAUUAAAUUUAAUAUUAAUCUGAGAAAUAAGGGUAAUUGUAAGAAUAAGGCAUAAUAAUAUUUG